AACAAGACGACGAUAGAGCUGCAGAUCUUGCCCUCUUUCAGCAGUCUUCAUCAUCCCUCUUUCACUAUGGGAUAGAUUUACCCCUCCCCACGGCAAAUAAAGAAGCGUUCGCUUCUUCGCUGCUGCUGUUUCCGUACUGAUUCGCCCUUCAUCUCAACUGUAGUGUAGUGGAAACAACAUCAUCAUCAGUACAUCGUCCAGAUAUCGACUCCAGAAGGAGGGAGUAUGGAUUGUGCGGGAAACGCGCUGUUCCGAGUGGCGCAAGAUGCCUCAGCCGUGGCCAACGUCCAAGGAGGCGUCGGGAAUUACAUACCGGGAUGUACAUCCCCCCUGGCAUCCAACAUCAAUCUUGAAUUUAAUGGGAACCUGCCUAGCGUCUUGAUCAAUGAGAUGCCAGAUAAAAUCCUCUUGCAGAUAUUUUCGUUUCUCAAGCAUAGGGAACUUGGGAAAAUCGCACGUGUGUGCAAACGUUGGCGUCUUAUCGCAUACGACAGUCGACUGUGGCAGGCGGUGUCCUUGCGUCCUGAAUUCUCCGGUCUGCAUGUGAAUAAUACUGAAACGCUGCUGGCUUUAAUAAACAUCCGUUUCGGUUCAACUCUCCGAUAUAUUGAGCUUCCCUGUGAACUGAUCACGUCCCCUGUCUUGCAUGACCUUGCCAAUAAGUGUCCUAACCUCAAGUACAUGACACUUGAUUUUUCAAAUGCAAUGCAAUUACAUGACUUCAAUGAUUUGAACGCCUUUCCUUGUAACCUUCGAAGUCUCUGCAUCUGUUUAUCCGAGGUAAUCUUUUUGGAGGGAUUUAUGCGAAGGAUUUAUAGCUGUUUAUCAUCUCUGGAAGUUCUUCAUUUGAUUGGUACUUUUGAAUUGUCAAGCGAGGCUGAAGAAGAGAACUAUGAAGUCAUCAACAUCAGUAAAAUAAAAGCUCAUACUCCCAACUUACGAAUCAUCAACAUGUAUGGCAUCGGAUUUGUAGAUGAUAGCCAUGUGGAAAUGCUGGCUUCCAACUCCAUUCAUCUUGAAGUUUUAGCCUUAAACUUCUGCUUGCGUGUCAAAGGUUCAUCUUUCAGUAUGCUCAUACAAAAGUGCAAGAAGCUGAAAUCUUUGCUGCUUCAACAUACUGGAGUGGAAGAUAGCUUUAUGAUGGCCGCUCCAUGGGAACAGUCUAUCAUCCAUGAAUUGGAUUUAACAUCUACGGAACUUUCAAAAGAGUGCCUGGAGAAUAUUCUACUUAGAAUGCCUGGAUUUAUCUAUCUUGGACUUGGGUACUGUGAAUUCUUUACAGAUACGAUAUUAGAAAAACUAAUGGAAACAGGAAAAUUCAUGAAAUUACGUGCCAUUGACAUCAGUCAUACCAAUGCAUUAUCUGAGAAUUCAAUUUACAACUUCUUGCUGACAUAUGGGAAAAAUCUUAAAGGACUUAUGCUGUCUGGGAAACCAAAAUUGACAGAAAACUUUUGGCUGAACGUAAUCCCCUUUUUGAAAAACAUUAAUGGUAACAACCAGAACAUGAUAGAAAGUCUUUUAAUAUGGGGUGAUAAUUCUAUAAACUCUUUGGUUAGUACCCAAGACAUGCCACAUGAUCUAAAUGACAUGGUCAAUGAACCAUGGAUCGUUUAUGCAAUAUUUAGUCAGCAGCGACUUCUGUUUCUAGAUGGAGUGGAUCAUAAAGUUUUAAGUGUGUUAGCUGAUGAUAAAAGCUUAGUGUCCUUGAAAGGAUACAAGUUUCCUCUUGUUAUGAGAAUCGGAUUGCAUCCAAAAAACCCAAGUGAACUGAAGAAAUCAUUCUGGAAGUUCUGA